AUGGCACUGCGCACCGGGAGGACUUGGUUUGGGCAGGUCUUGCGCAGGGUCUUUCGGCUGCAGGGCUCCUGGUCCAGGCGAUCGAGCAGUCUCCUGUGUCUCUCCGCAAACCAGGAGCAGGAUCUGGGGUUCUGUCAUCGGGAUCACCACAAGGCGGGGGCUUUCCACCGCUGCUCCGACUCCGGCGUCCACCGCGUCCACCGUCACCGGAGCGCACCUUUAUGCGCCUCUGCCUCCAGGCGCUGUCCGCACGGCUUCCCCCACGCUUGCUGCGCCUUCCCGGGGAAUCCGAGGGGACAUGAGCCCCUCGGUCGCCGGUUCCUGUUGGCCAUGAAGCGGCAAAACGUGCGGACCUUGUCCCUGAUCAUUUGCACGUUUACAUACCUGCUCGUCGGGGCCGCCGUCUUUGACGCCCUGGAGUCCGACUUCGAGAUGCGGGAAAAAGAGCAGCUGGAAGCCGAGGAGAAGCGUCUCCAGGGGAAAUAUAACAUCAGCGAGGAUGAUUACCGCAAACUGGAGACCAUCAUCAUGGAGGCAGAGCCCCACAGAGCCGGGGUGCAGUGGAAAUUCGCAGGGUCAUUUUACUUUGCCAUCACGGUUAUCACCACCAUAGGCUACGGGCAUGCAGCGCCGGGGACAGACGCAGGGAAGGCCUUUUGCAUGUUUUAUGCCGUCCUGGGAAUCCCUUUGACUCUUGUCAUGUUUCAAAGCCUGGGCGAGAGGAUGAACACUUUUGUCAAGUACCUCCUGAAGCGUAUCAAGAAGUGCUGCGGCAUGAGCAUCACCGACGUGUCCAUGGAGAACAUGGUGACUGUAGGAUUCUUCUCCUGCGUCGGCACGCUGUGCAUCGGGGCUGCUGCCUUCUCCCAUUAUGAGGACUGGAGCUUCUUCCAGUCGUACUAUUACUGCUUCAUCACACUAACAACUAUAGGCUUUGGGGACUUUGUGGCCCUUCAAAAGAACCGGGCCCUCCAGAAGAAGCCCCUGUAUGUGGCCUUUAGCUUCAUGUAUAUCCUGGUGGGCCUGACGGUCAUCGGGGCCUUCCUCAACCUGGUGGUGCUCCGCUUCCUGACUAUGAACAGCGAGGACGAGCGGCGGGAUGCCGAGGAACGGGCCUCGCUGGCCGGCAACCGGAACAGCAUGAUCAUCCACAUCCAGGACGAAUCGCUGCCGCGGGGACGGCGGCGGCGCGAGCCGUACCGGGCGGAAGUGACUGAUUUGCAGUCAGUCUGCUCCUGUAUGCACUACCACUCGCAUGACUUCGGCAGCUCUGGGGGAGGGAUGGGAGGCCUGGGCUGCGCCUUCUCCCAUCAGAACUCAUUCAGUUCACAGCUGAAUCCCAAUCAGUACUUUCACUCGGUUUCCUACAGGAUUGAAGAGAUCUCGCCCAGCACCUUGAAAAACAGCUUCUUCCCUUCGCCCAUCAGCUCGGUGUCGCCGGGCCUUCACAGCUUCACAGACAAUCACCAGCUCAUGAGGAGAAGGAAAUCCAUCUAA